AUGAUUUAUUAUGUGAUAUUCUCUUUACUCCUCAAUCUGAGUCUGUAAUCAACAAGAAUCAGGACCAAAGAAUCAUACACAACAAAUUAUGAAAUAGAGCAAGACACUAUCAAGAUGGCUCAUAAAAAACAAAAAGUAUAUGUGUUAAAUUUGACAAAUGCGUAUGAUGUUGAUGUAUUUGGGGAUUCUGAAGAUCCAAUAUAAACUCCAUACCUUUCUUUGGACAAUGAAGAUGUUGAAAUGUUAGAAGUGAAAAAUUGUGUUCCCAAACAUCCUUAAUUAAAAGAGAUUUUGCAGUACAAAAUUAAAGAUGCCACUGAAGAUUCUUAUUACACAGAUAUGGUGACUCUAUCAGAGUAUUCGAAUUUAUUUUUAAUGACUCAAGAAUUACUUCUCAUAUAAGUAAAGCUACGUUGUAGUGAUUCAGGAUGGAUUGCUUAAGAGUCAUAGAGUGUCUUUGAUUUGAAAAAGUAACUUAAUUUGACAAACCCAACAAUCAAAACUAACGCUUAAUUUAGCUGUCCUAAAAAACAUCUAAAUUGCUUGAUCGUAACUCCAUUUGGAGGAUUUUGGGUUUCCAAAUUUUCAGAUUUUGAUUCAAAUGAUUUGCCAAUUGAGCCUUAGCCUGAAUAAAGGAUUUUAUAAAGAAAGAUAGUUCAUAAAGUUUCUACAUUUGGAGAGUAUUUAGCAGUAGCAGUAGGUGCUGAUGGAGUAGAUCUAUACACUUAUGAAUUGGAAAACAAGGACAUAUAUAAUCGAAGCAUUCUACACUUAUUAACAAUCUCAAAGUAAUAAUUCAAUGUUACGGUUAACAUUAUUGGGGUGAAGGUGUAAAAUGACAAACUAUUUUGUCUAGAUGACACUUAAGGAUUAUUUGUUUUCAAUACUUCAAAUAUAAGAAAGCCAGUUCUAAUAAUGGAUAUACCCAUACCCAGAACUGUAGCAUUUGAAGUAUAUGAGAAUACUGUUCUAGUUGUCGCUUAAACUCCAAGCAAUAUUGAAUACAUAAUGGAAAUAUUCAUCGAACUUAAGAGAUCACUCUUAUUUUUUGAUGAUUUUACAUAUAGGGAUUUGUAGAUCAAUCCAAAUUAUGCAUUUUUGAUAGGAGAAGAAGCUCAUUUGAUAAUUAAGCAUUCAAUUUUCAAUGGAUUUGUAAAAUACAAUAAGGAAUUGGUGAAGACUUUCUUUGAAAAUUAAUUAGUGCGCUUUGAAUUAUACAGUAAAUCAAGUGAACCUGCAGAGUAAAGAUUCAAGGAAACUUUCUAUUAUGUAGGAUUAUCUCGUUAAGCCAUCCAUGUGUGGAAAUUCAUGGAUUACCAUGCCUUUUUGCUUUGUAGUUUCGAUGAGAGAUCAGAACAUGAAAUAGUUGUUAAAUUAAAUUCUACGUCUUGUGAUGAAAAUAUAAAAAGGGAGAGUCUAUAUCAAUAAUGUUAAGCAGAAUAAAAAAUUAAUGUUUUGGUUUCAGGACCACUUUUCUAUUCGGAUACCUUCACAAUUUUGGUCUUUAUUCUCAUUUUUUUGGGCAUUGUACUUUGCAUAAUUUGUAUAUGUGUCUGUGUUCGAUGGAAAAGAUUGCUGAGGGAAUUGGAGGAGAACAGAUACUAAAUAAAAGAAAUGAAGAAGUAUGGUCAUUUGCCAGAAUAGGAAUAAUAUUCAAUAUGA